UAUCUUCUCGAAAACCCUUACAACAAAAUCUCACAUUCAAAAACCUUCUAUAUAUAAAUAACAAUAACAAAAAUAACAUAACAAGAACAAUAAGAAGCCAAAAAAGAAGAAGAAAAUGUCAACUAUUUUUGCUGUAAAAGAAAAUGAAGAUUUGUUCGAUCGUUUACCUGAUGCCAUUGUGCUAACAAUCUUUGAAAAAGUUCAAGAUUGUAAAUCCCUUUGCAUUUUCUCGUCUCUUUGUAAACGUUUUUACUCUCUCAUUACCCAAACACAAAAUAUUUCUCUCACAAUUCCACCCCAAAAUCACCACAAAUCAUCAAAUUCCAAUAGAAAUCAACUUUUUCAGUUUUUCAACAGAGUUUUUCUCAAACCAUUUCAGUUUUUUCUUCUUCAAAUUACAAAAUGGAACCCAAUUUGUAUACCCAUUCCUUAUACUUUUAGCCAGAAAAAUGAUGGCUAUAAUUGUAAUUGUACUUGUUCUUAUACUUCUCCAGCUGAAAUUCUGAGAAAUUUCAACGAAAUCAAGCAAUUAGAAAUUCAACUUGCCGCCGGCGAAAAUAUUGGUUUGAAAAAUUCCGGCGAUUCGUUGCUGAAAUGGAAAGCGGAAUUCGGAAGUCAAUUGAAACAUUGUUUGAUCGUCGGAGGAACGUCGAUUUCUCCGAUUCACGAAUAUCAAGGCGGAGAAGAAACCGUAACCGAAAAUUUUCGUAUUAUACAACGAGGCGAUUCAGUAGAAUCGCUACGAAUGACAAACGAUGAGUUGAAAUUGCGAAUUGUGUGGAUAAUUUCGUGUGUAAUAGCAGCAUCAACGCGGCAUUGUUUGUUAGAAGAAACGAUUAAGGAGAAGAAAAUGCUUGAAAAUGUAGUGAUUACGGACGAUAUUGGUCAAGGAAUUUGUUGUAUGAACUGCGAACAAGUUGAAGAAAUGAGGAGAAAUACGAGGGUAUUUUCGUCUAACAGGGCGAAGGUACCGGCAUUGAAGGUGAAGAUGUGGUACGUGCCGGAGCUAGAGUUACCGGCGAAAGGUUGCAUGAUGAAGGGGGCGACAUUAGUGGUGGUAAAGCCGGUAGAGGAGUGGAGCAAGGCGGAUGACGGCAAAGAUUUGGUGGCCGGAGGGUUUGGUUUUGCCGGAGAAGGGAAGGAAGAGAAUGUGCUUAAUGAAGUUGCGAAAGAGUUGGUGAAGUUGAAGAGGAGUUACUCUCUUGAAAUGAAUUCCUUUUGAAUCUUCCUCUUGAGGUUGAUUUUGCACAUAUUUCUUUUGAUUUUGAGUAAAUACAAUUUUGUUGUGAAGAGACUUGUAUAAAUUUUAAAUGAUUUCCUAAGUUAUUUUUGUUACAUAUUUUUAUGUUUAUUAUCAGAAAUCUGCUUGUAAUUUUUUCCCCUUGUAAAUUAAGAAACUGAAAUGAAGAAUACAGGUUAUUAUUAUUAUUUGAA